GCAAAAUAAAACAGCCCCAAAUAUCUUAUCCAACAGUUGGGAUAAGAGAGCAUUGCUUUCUUUUCCAACAAUAUACAAUCUGUUUCUAUUAAUGCAAUUUUGAACAUUAAUUAAGCAGAAAAAAGGGGGAAAUGUUUGAACACAUAACAGCAAGUGAAAUAGCAGGAUUUGGAGUGGGUGGCUUACUACUUGCUGCCACCAUUUAUGCUCCCAAAAUUGAUUCCUUCAUCUCUUCUUCUCAGCGCAGUUCACUAGGAAUGUGCAAAAAAUGUGGAGAUUUGAGGCUGAUAGCAUGUUCAAGCUGCAAGGGAUCUGGUACAAUUAAAGGAGGACCAUUCAAUUUCAUUCUUUUGGAGGACAAAUCAAAAGUAGGAUCCUCUUCUUCUUGUACGAAAUGUCGAGCCAGAGGACACUUUCAGUGCCCCGAGUGUUCUAAACUUAGUCAGGCUUGAUCUACUUUACGCUAUACAAGCUUAUUAUAUUCGAAUAGUUGUCAAUGCUUCUUGGAAAGUUUCUUCUUUACUACAUAGAAGAUAAAUGAUGCUUCUGUAGUAGAAUCUGUCGAAAUUUGAUCAUACACGUAAGUUAUACUAUCAGCUUGACUGAUGGAAAGGCGGCAAGUUUGCCCUGAGUUCUGGAAAUGUUAUCUACCGACUACUAGUAUAUGAAAUUUCAGCUUGUCAUGAUACUUUUGA